AUGACUCGGGAUUACCCUACUCACCUUCAGCAGCGCAUCGAACGUCUUGAACGCCAGCUCGCGCGGCUCAAGACCCCAGGUGCCCCAAGCCUCCAGCCGGACGUGGCGACGCAGGAGACGUCGCACACUGAGGAUGCAAGCCCUGAGUCUUCGGUGGAUGCCCUAGUUGCCGACAUCGCCGCCUUGCCUGCCCUCACGUCCUCAUAUCCUCUGACUGGAGAUGGAUCUACAUUUUCGACGGUCCUUCUUGGGGUCGCAGGGCAGACUGUUCCCACCAGAGACGCCUAUGAAAGCGGAAUCGAGCCUGUAGACCUUCCACUGCCCGAGUGGAACGCGGCGCUGAAACUGGCGAAGCAUUACAUCGCCCGCGUUUACCCACGACUUCCGUUCUUCUCCAUCCAGGGAUUUUGGGUCCAAUUUGACCAAGUCUUUCCGCCAGACGAGCCAGCCGCCGCGACGGAGCCGCCGGUAGUUGCUACUGCAGGUCGUCAACGAGCUCCGGCACCACCAGUCGACAUCGGAUACAGCAGGUUCACCGUUCUACUAGUUCUCGCCAUAUCUUCUUCCAGCCUCUCACAAAGCGCCGACAGCAUCAUAUCUCGCCAGGCGCAGCGGCUGUUCAACGCGGCUCUCGAAUACCACAAGGCCGCGAUACUGCCGCACACGAUAGUCGGGGUCCAGUCGCUACUUUUCCUGAUCCAAUAUGCCACCCUUAAUCCCUCAGUCCUCGACGCAUGGUACUUGAUCGGCGUGGGGAUGCGCAACUGCAUCGAUCUUGGCCUGCAUCAAGAUCCCCGUCCUAUCGAGUCCAUCAGCCCGAGCCUUCUCGAGACGCGCCGCAGGCUCUGGUGGAGCAUGUACUCUUUCGAUCGUUCAAUGAGCAUGGGCUGCGGCCGACCGACCGAGAUAGCAGAUCCCAUGAUCAAGGCCGAACUUCCUUGCUUUCGCAUCGAGUCAACAGCCAGCGAGGAUGACAUCCAGGGCUACUUGCAGCGAUACCGGGGAUUGCAGCUGCAGUCGAGGAUAUAUGAGGCUCUGAACAAACCGCCCGCAGGAGUGAACACCGACGAUGUCAUCUCCAAUCUUUUAAAGGAGUUGCGAUCGUGGCAGAGUCAGAAUUCUCCAGCACACAACCAGCUCCCGGUCGAGACAGAAUGGCAUAUGGGAAUGAUGUUGCUGCAUCGACCUUGCCGACUGCUGCCCGAGCGGACACUUCAGGAGUACAAGCGCCUGUGGGAUGCAGCUGUCGGGUUUGUCACUCUAUAUCGUCAGCUUGUCGACUCCAACGGCAUCUUCUACGUUCACAUUGCCUGCGAAAAGGCGUACUGGUCGGGGCUGGCUAUUCUCCAUGCCUUCUGGAAGCUGUUUUAUACCCCUGACGGGGAGAGUCCUGACGGCGAGAGUCUGAUUGUGCGACAGGCGGACCUGUGGAAGGCCAUGCAGCACGUCAUGGCCAUUCUGCGGGUGCUCAGCGAGCGCUGGGACAAGGGCAGGCUUUUGGCACAGCGCUUUGAGGCUGCCGUCCUCAGCCCCUCAUUCAAUAGACACUACACUCUUCCUAUAAGAGAAACUCAGUCACAGCCAGGCAACAUGGCCACAAAGACGACUCUGCCAGGAGGCAAGGUCCACGACCUGCCCGCUGACCUCGCCGCGGCUCUCAUGGACGACGAGACCGCCAAAGCUGUCUGGCUGGACAUCACGGUGUUGGCGCGCAACGAGUUCAUCUGCUGGGUCAGCGACGCGAAGCAGGCGAGCACCCGCGAGCGCAGGAUUCGCCGCACAGUUGAGGAGCUGAAUGAGGGCAAGCGCCGGCCGUGCUGUUGGCCUGGAUGCUCGCAUCGCGAGCGCACUGGGAAAUAG